CCUCUUUUCUAUGUUUGAAUGUUUGUUUAUGUUUUUUAUUUCAAUUUAAAAAUAUGGAACUUAAUAAAAAAGACCCUAGAAACCAAGAAAUAUUACCCCGUAUUAAUGAUGGAGAUUCUCUAAAGAAAUAUAACAAUAUAGAAGUUAAAUCUGAACUGGAUAAAAGCAGUUAUCUGGAAUCUGUAUUAGAUGAGUAUUGUUCAGAGGAUAUUAAAAUAGAAAACCAUAUAUUAGAAGAUGUAUCUAAUGAAAUUAAAGUUGAAAUAAAAACAGAACUCGAGGAGUAUAGCAUUGGUGCUCCACAGGAUAUAACAAAGGAAGUUGCAAUUACCAAACCAUUUAAUUCUCCCAAAGAACAUUUGAAAACUUGUACUGGUGAACGACCAAAUCAAUGUGAAAUUUGUAGUAAGCUGUUUACUAUAAAAAGUAAUUUAAAGAUCCAUAUGAGAAUCCACAGCGGUGAAACACCUUAUAAAUGUGAAAUUUGUAGUAAGCGUUUCACUCAAAAAAUAGUUUUAAAUGGACAUAUGAGAAUUCACAGUGGUGAAAGACCUUAUAAAUGUGAAAUUUGUAGUAAGCGUUUCACUCAAAAAAUAGUUUUAAAUGGACAUAUGAGAAUUCACAGUGGUGAAAGACCUUAUAAAUGUGAAAUUUGUAGUAAGCGUUUUACUCAAAAAAUAGAUUUAACUAGACAUAUGAGAAUUCACACUGGAGAAAGACCUUAUGAAUGUGAAAUUUGUAGUAAGCAGUUUGCUCUAAAAAGUAGUUUAAAUGUGCAUAUGAGGAUUCACAGUGGUGAAAAACCUUAUAAAUGUGAAAUUUGUUUUGAUCAGUUUACUGAAAAAUCAGUUUUAAAUAGACAUAACAUGGCAGUUCACACUAGUGAAAGAUCUUAUAAAUGUGAAAUAUGUAGUAAGCGUUUUGUUCAAAAAAUAGAUUUAAAUAGACAUAAUAUGAGAAUUCACAUCGGUGAAAGACCUUAUAAAUGUGAAAUUUGUAAUAAGCAGUUUAUUAAACUAUUUAAUUUAAAAAGUCAUAUGAUGGUUCACACUGGUGAAAGGCAAUAUGAAUGUGAAAUUUGUAGUAAGGUAUUGACUACAAAACAAAUUUUAAUGGUGCAUAUGAGAAUUCACACAGGUGAAACACCCUAUAAAUGCGAAAUUUGUAGUAAACAGUUUACUCACCAAGCUAAUCUAAAGAUUCAUAUAAGAAUUCACAGCGGUGAAAAACCUUAUGGAUGUAAAAUUUGUAGUAAGCGGUUUAUUCAACUAUUUCAUUUAAAAAGUCAUAUGAUAGUUCACACUGGUGAAAGGCGAUAUGAAUGUGAAAUUUGUAAUAAGCUAUUGACUACAAAACGAAAUUUAAUGGUGCAUAUGAGAAUUCACACAGGUGAAACACCCUAUAAAUGUGAAAUUUGUAGUAAACAGUUUACUCAACAAGCUAGUCUAAAGACUCAUAUAAGAAUUCACAGCGGUGAAAGACCUUAUGAAUGUGAAAUUUGUAGUAAGCAGUUUAAUGAAAAAUCAUUGUUAAAUAGACAUAUGGUAGUUCACACUGGCGAAAGACCUUAUAAAUGUGAAAUUUGUAGUAAGCUGUUUGCUUUUAAAAAUAAUUUAAAUGUGCAUAAUAAGAGAAUUCACAGUGGUGACUUAUGAAAAAUUUUGAAGACGUCUUCAAAACGACAGAUUGGUAUUACCGUCAUACCUAUGGCAUUACCGUUAAUGGCAAGUAGCUAAACCACCUCAGAUUCGCUGACAACAUUGUGAUUAUAGCGAACUCAUUCGAGGAACUGCAAAUUAUGAUGGAGGAACUCGCAGGCAGCUCCCAAUACGUCGGCCUAAAAAUGAUUAUGAGAAAAACAAAAAUAAUGACAAACACAGAUGACCCCAGACCUAGACGUAUAACUAUAAAUGGCAGUAAGAUAGAAAAAGUCCAGGAAUAUAUCUACCUAGGCCAAAUCCUGAAACUUGAUAAAGAGAACAAAGUGCGGAAAUUACUAGGAGAGCAAGACUAGCAUGGGCAGGAUUUGGAAAACUUAGUUGUAUACUUAAGAACCGCAAAAUACCCCAAUACAGUUGAGUCCGGGAAUCUUUACCCGUGCGUCAUCAUUUAAAGCAUACGAAAUAAGUCGAUGAUAAAUCGGAAAUUGAAAUUUACUAAACGCAACAGCAAGUGACAGUUAAGUGACUUGCUGUUGCAUUUAGUAAAUUUCAAUUUCCGACUUAUCAUCUACUUAUUUCGUAUGCUUUCUUUAAAUGAUGACGCACGGGUAAAGAUUCCCGGGCUCAACUGUACUUGAGGAGCAAAGUGUUCAACCUUUGAUGUCAACCCAAGUUUCAACCAUGUUUCAACCAAAGUCAAAUAUGAAAAAACUAGCCACAAUGUUAAGUAUAUGACUGCCAGAUAAAAAGAGGGACUGGGUAAGAUCAAAAACUAAAGUCGAGAACAUAUCAACAAAAGUUGACAAACUUUAAUGGAGCUUCGCAGGCCACACUGCUAGACAAGAAGACCAACGUUGGAAUGCAACAAUACAACAUUGGAGACCGUACCAAAGUAAACGACCGAGAGGAAGACCACAGAUGAGGUGGGUUGAUGAUAUUAAAAUAGUAGCCGGAGCAAAUUGGAAAUAUGUUGCUCAGGAUAGAGUUCUAUGGAAGGAGUUGGGAGAGGCCUAUUAGACCAGGGCGCAUCUGUAAAAAUAUUAGUACAUUUGGACGUUGAGAGGUGACUCAUAUUUUUUUGCAGAAAUUGUUUGAAAAUAACUCAAAUAAUAAUAUUUGAGUUAUCCUCCCUCUCAAAAAGGUCCGGAACAUUGUUUAAAUAAUCAAAAUGUCAAAAAAUGAAGGAAAAAUUCGAUUUUUUUCUUCGUUUUUUGAUUAUAACUUUAAAAGUAUUCAUUUUCGAGAAAAGUUAUACUGACAAAAAAGUUGCGUAAUUAAAUUUCCUACAAUAUAGAAUUGGUUAAAAAUUUAAAAAAUAGUCACCCUUGUUGCAAAAUAGCAAUAAUUGCGAAAAAUCCAUACAAAAACAAGUAUUCGCAUUUUACGUUUUUCAACCAUUUAUGCUACACUUACGACCUUAAUAUUUCACCCAGAAAAACUUUAUGAUACAGUAAAACAAUACUGUAAAUUUCAUUAAGAUCGGUUCAAUAGAUUUUGCAGAAUAAAUUUUGCAAUCCAGCUUUCGCAAAAAUAAUUCAUUUUUUCGAAAUGUUACAGGACUAAAAAUAAAGCAGAUAGCAAGUUGAAAUUUUUUUUGCGUAUAGAAGUGUACUGUAUCUUUCAUUUGCAAUUUCCAAAUUAAAAUCGAUUAACUACCACGGCGUCAGGAAUUUUUUUAAAUGAACAUUAAUUAUUGGUGCUACGCGCAGGACAGCGAAUAGUUUGCUCUGAUUAGGCAUUCCAAUGACCCUUGAUAAUGAUUGAUACAUUUUAAUUUUUAUUACAUUCCGAUAUAAAUAAAUAAAUUUGUUUAUUGCAAAAUAAAAACACAUACUCUAUCCUUUGAAAUAACACUUUUUUAGCAAAAACUUUCUUUGUUCAUAUAUUUUAACUUAGAGAAUAAACGUUUAUUAUUUUUAAACAUAUGCAAUUGUCUAAACAGUAUUUCACAAACAAUAAUAAAAUUACUUAAGUAUUUUUGUGGAAUUAAAAUAUUAAAAUACAACAAAAUAUAAAGUAAGAAAAUAAUAUAUUAGAUAAAGAUUGGAAGAAAUUUGGGUGGGAAUCAACUUGUGUGAAUCGAACACCGCUGUCUUGCGCGUAGCACAAAAAAUUAAUGUUUAUUUAAAAAAUUUCCUGACGCCGUGGUAAUUAAUCGUUUUUAAUUUUGCAUAUUGCAAAUGAAAGGUACCAUAGACUUCUAUAAGUAGAAAAAAAAAAUCAACUUGCUGUCUGCUUUAUUUUCAGUGCUGCAACAUUUUAAAAAAAUGAAUUUUUUUUGCGAAAGCUGGAUUGCAAAAUCUAUUAAACCGAUCUUAAUGAAAUUUACAGUGUUGUUUUACAAUAUAAUAUAGUUUUUCUGGGUAAAAUAUGAAGGUCCUAAGUGUAGCAUAAAUGGUUGAAAAACUUAAAAUGCUAAUAUUUGUUUUUGUAUGUUUUUUUUCGCAAUUAUUGCUAUUUUGCAACAAGGGUGACUAUUUUUUAAAUUUUUAACAAAUUCUAUAUUGUAGUAAAUUUAAUUACGCAACUUUUAUAUCAUUACAACUUUUUUUAGAAAUGAAUAGUUUUAAAGUUAUAAUCAAAAAACCAAUAAUAAAAUCGAAUUUUUCCUUUAUAUUUUGACAUUUUGAUUAAUUAAACAAUGUUCCGGACCAUUUUGAGAGGGAGGAUAACUCAAAUAUUAUUAUUUGAGUUAUUUUCAAGCAAUUUCUGCAAAAAAAUUUGAGUCACCUCUCAACGUCCAUCUCAAAACAAAUGCGCCCUGGACUAUAAAUAUGUCUAAACGUGGACGAUAGAAGGCUAAGAAGAAGAAGACUUAUGAAUGUAAAAUUUGUAGUGGACUGUUUACUGAAAAAGGUAAUUUAAAGAUGUAUAUCCCCGCUUCGCAAGAACGUUGGCAUAAGUAAAAAAAGACGAUGUUAGAAGAGAGGCAUUUUAAAAUCUUAUAGAUAUUAUGUGCAUAACUCCGAAUAAGUUCUUACUUUAAGGGCAGCCAAAGAUCGAACAUUUUUUAAGGUGUUUUUGGGUUAUGAUUGAAAAUUGUUCUCUGAAAUCUUCUCUUUUCAACGAUGUGGACAAAAAAGGUCGUUGUAAAUUAAGUUUAUUUGAGUCUAUCUAUUUUGAUCUCAGGAAUCUAAGGUUAAGCUAUGGUCCAUUCGUUACCAAACACCCUGUACCUAUAUAAACAUAUAAAUCAUUCAACAUUAUUCCGUUCAAGAUUGGUAUUAUCAUUGGCAACAUAGAACUUCUCCCAACGAGUCAAAUUCCUUUGUCAUGUUAAAGAUCUCUUGAGUUUGGGAAACUAGGAAAAGUCUGUGGGUUGUAAGUCUGGUAAGUAGAGGGGCUAGGAGAUGAAAGUCAUGAAAAUGUUUGUGAAAAAUAUGCAGAAUUGACUUAGUUUCCGCUUCUCUAUGUCUUCGGUUUCUUUAUUUACACAACUGCAGGAAGACGUUGCCACGCAAUUUAGAAGUCCUGAAACUUGAUGAUCAGUCCCCGUACUUAUAGUAAUCUGGAGUUUUAACUUUUUUACAUCAACGAAAUUCAUUUUUCUAUUUGCAUUGUUGGCAGCCUCAUUAUACAAUUUUAUUUAUUUAGGAACUGUAUUCAACAACCAAUAUACAGUUGAGUCCGCGAGUCUUUACCCGUGCGUCAUUAAUACCUGGCGAGAUAGAACACAUACUUUUUAUUUAGCAUCAUUCUCUUUCACGCAUGAAAAUGACAAACCAGCUGCCGCCUGGUAUUAAGUAAAAACAUGUUAUUUUUAUGAACUAUUUAGACUCAGUGCAUUGAAAAGAGAUAGGUACAAAGAAAGACAAUUAGGGAUGUCUUCACAUAUUUUAAGUACAAUUUCUGACGUUUUGGUUUGUUUACUUUUUUGGCUGUCAGUUUGUUGAAUUUUUUGCUGUUAUUCUGUCUAAUUUUUGCAUUUUGAAGUUUUUUUAUAGUAUACAAACAGUUGUUUUCACAACAAAUUUUAUAUUAGUUAGAAAUUGUUUGAUAAGUUUAUGUUAUUUUACGAUAAAUUUUGACAACGUACAAAGCUAACCUCAUUGUUGACACAGUUGAAUGCUUGUAUUUAAGGUUUCGCCAAAGUGAAUAAAAUAACAAUAAGAAAAUAUGUUAUUGAUAUUUUUUAUAAAUUGUUUAUUUAUUUAUUAAUCAAUGAUAAUAAAAUAAUUUAUUAAGCUACUUUACAUGUAGCUGUAAUUAUGCACCAAAAUUUUAAAGCACAACUUAAAUUUGACAUUCUCUUUAUUUGAUAACGUCAAAUUUUAUACUAUAACCCGUGAUCGGAAUAAUAUCCACUUGUCGUUGCGUUUAGUAAAUUUCCGACUUAUUUCGUAUGCUUUAAAUGAUGACGCACGGGUAAAGACUCGCCGACUCAACUGUAUUUAUAGUUUUCGAAGUAGAACCAUAUGGCUUUGUAUAGGAUUUGAAAUAAUUGUGAAUAGACUGUACAUAAUUUUUAUAUAAAGUCCUUUUCAUGAGCAUUUUUCAGUGCGUCACAGUUUUUCGGUUUCUUUCUAACGCAUUAAAUUGUAUGUGACAGAAAAAAGGCACGUCUGUGAUUACAGACAUUUAUAACAUUUAUUCUAGUUGUCGAUAGACGGCGCUAUAAUCGAAGAAAAAAUUAUUUAUGAAUUAUAUAAUUAAUAUGUAUAUCUACGAAUAUAAUCUGUACAAUUUAUAAGACUAUGCAAAUCAAAGAAAAUAGCAUUUUAUAAAUGCAAUAAACACAAUUGAUUUGUUUUUAUGCCAAAUUGCAAAUAAAAUGUGACAACCGUCAGAUUUAACUAAAAUGUCAUGUUAGAAUAAAUGGGUGCGUUCGGACGACCACAGUGCCUGGACAGCUGAGCCAGCGGUAGCGUUUAGACGACAACGCUGGAAGUCAGCCGCUGAGAGAUUUACUAAGCUUUCCCUAUCAGCGCUGGAUACAACCCCUCAGCCGAUUUCUGCUGACAGUCAGCCGCUGUGGUCGUCCGAACGCAACCAUUGUCAUAAAUGUGUAUUAUCACGGACUUACCUUUUUUUCUAUCAUUUGUGACGCACUGAAAAAUGCUAAUGAAAAGGACUCUACCUAAGUAAAAAUAUACGAUUUUUAUAUAUAA